AUGGCUCUAGCAUUCGGUAGUAAAGUAAGUAUACUGCUUUCAUUACCUGGAAAUUAUGCAAACAUUGGAGUCGAUGGAAAAAGAUAUUCAAUACCAUCUGAUGUCUGGCUUGGUCAUAAUUAUUCAAGAUUUUUCAAUGAUUCUAGAGACUUUCCACGAGUAGUCGACAAUUUUCGAAACAGGUUUAUAGUUGCACUAAGUGAAAUUAAUAAAGUAUCAGAUGGUAUGAGUAUAUACCUGAAGGUUAAGGAGAUGUACGUCUGUGUUGUUAAUCAAUGGCUCGUGGUUUAUUUGCUCUUGGCAUUAUCUGGAUCAAUUGGAUUAAUUGGAUGUUACUAUAUUCUUAUCAUGAAAUCAAAGUUAAUUAAUAUUGGACCAAAGAGUUUGUUAGCUCUAGGAAUGACGAAUGAGACAAAACAGAUAUUACAUAGUAUUGGAGAAUUCAGUGAGACAAAUAUGUCUACUUUUAAUAAAGAUAAAAUAUGCAUUAUAAACCUUGAUAACCAGACUCCAACUCUUAGCAUUACUCAUAAAGAGCCAACGAAUUGA